GGGCGGGCAGGCAGGGCAUUACUAGUGGCGCCAGUCGUAUCGUUGCCGCCGCGCCAUUCAGUCGCACGCUGACCUCGUCUCGUUUUCGUGACAUUGGGAUUUCAAGUUUGGAUUUUCUUCACAGGAGGGUGUCAGGAAGAAAUACUAUAUAGAGGGCGUAUACAUAACGAGAAAAUAUGAUACUGCCAUUUCGGUGAUAAUUUACCUAUCAGAUUGUAAUAGUUCGGUGUUAUUGACAAUCAAGGAGUAUACGAAAAAAAAAAACAUUGAUGGGGCAGUGACUGCAAAAGAAAAUAUAAAGUAUCAACCACACAAAACAGCAGAAAAUAAGUUUUCUCGUCAUGGAGAGCGAAUUGACUUCAACGAAAUCUCCCCUGGUCACCGCCGCCCACGUCAAGCAGUUCAACCCAUGUGUCGUCGUCUCUGCCCCCGUCCAGAAUCCCCCCCAACCCCUCACAGCCCCCGGGGGAGAGAGAGACCCCGAGGGCGCGAGCGAGAGCGGGGAAGUACCAUGGGAACCAGAGAACAACAGACAAAGAAAAUCGGCGAAGGAAUGUGGCAAAGAAGUGAAGGAAAGCGAAAAGACGAAUGAAGGUGCUCCUCCCGACGGCGGUUGGGGCUGGGUCGUUCUGCUGGGGUCGUUCGUUGUCAUGGUCCUUAUCUCCUCCAUGGGCCCGUGCUUUAGCCUGGUGUACUCGCGUCUGCUGCUGUCCUUCGGCUCGUCUUCGACCACUGUGGCCUGGAUCUUCAACACCUUCAGCCUCGUGUGGAACGUGAUGGGUCCGGUGGUGGGGCCCCUGACGUCAGAGUGCGGCCAUAGGAAGGUCGCCGUCACGGGAGCUUUCCUCUGCUCCUUAGCCCUUAUCUCCUCUGCUUUCUCCUCCUCAGCGUGGAUGCUCUUGCUCACCUUUUCUCUUAUUGGAGGUGUGGGCGCGGGCCUAGUGGUGGGAGCCAGCGUCCUUAUCCUUCCCCUCUAUUUCUCUCGUCGUCGUGGAUUCGCCAAUGGUUUGUUCAUGGCUGGGACCAGCGUCGGGUUGUUCAUAGCGCCCCAUCUCAUCACGUACUUGCAGGACCUCUACGCAUUCAAAGGCGCCACGCUAAUCUUGGGAGCCAUCGUCCUCAAUGGAUGUGCAGCUGGCUCCACUUACCGUCCUGCCUCUUGGCAUAUGCAGCAUCAGAGAAAGAGUUCCAGCAAUAUCACUGAGGAUGCGCAGCGAAAGCCACUAACCAAGACGAUAAACAAAAAUAAUCCCUUAGGACCUUCAGAAUUACUGAACGGAAAACACCAAAUCGAUAAGGUCGCCCCUUGCAGAAGGUGCUUCGUGACACGGGUUGUUCUCUCCACGCUUCGAGAUUUGGGUAUACUCAAGUCAAGUCGUGCCCUGAUAAUUGCCCUCACCAGCACACUAGUUAUGAAUGGUUACCUGAAUUUUAUCAUGAUGGUGCCUUUCAUGGUGACCCAGGCUAGACACACACCUCAUGAUGCUGCUUGGUGUGUGUCCGUGUCGGGCAUAAGCAACCUCUUGACACGAGUAAUUGUAUCGGCAUUGGCAGACUGCUCGUGGUUCCACCUGAGAGCAUGCUACAUGGCUGGAAUCCUACUCAUCGCUCUCUCAAGCUUAGCAUUCAGCUUCAUACCCAGCCUGGCUUGGAUGACAGUGACGAUGGCCGUCUGGGGCUGUGGAGUGGGCGCUUUUAUGGGCCUUUAUAACCUGAUCAUGAUUCGCUACAUGGGCAUGAAGAAAUUGCCGUCUAUGUACGGAGCUUCUAGCCUUCUCAACGGCUUAGGUUUCAUCACCAUAGGCCCGCUAAUAGGCUACAUCCGGGACCUGAGUGGCAGCUACCAGGUCUCCCUCUGGGUCCUGGUGGUGACGGAGGCAUUGUGUGUGUUCCUGUGGUUCCUCAUGCCUGCAGCUGCAGCUCGUGACAACCGAAAGGCGCUGGAACGGGAGCAGGGUGGUCUUCAGUGAUAAGGACUUUGAAAGGUUUUUGUCAGUGUGUGACCGUGGUUGUUUUGCUUUCGCUGUUGUAGUUGUUUUGUUAAUGCUCUGUCAAAUAGCUAUAGGUGUAUUUAUAUUAGUAUGAUUUUGUGUUGAACGUGAAUCCAUAAUUUAUUAAAGUGUGUGUGUAUAUAGGGGUAUAUAGACUAUGCUAUUUUGUAUAUGUUUCCUACACCAUUUCUGAAUAAACGUUAUUUACAAGCAAAUGAUUGUUAUGUUACAAAUUUGUAAUAAAAUGUUUAA